GAUCAAUCGGUCUGAUCGAACCGGAUUAUCAAUACUAUUUUUCGGUUCACGACUAAAGCAAAUCAGGCCGGACCGGUUGACUCGUAUCCGUUGUGGCCUUUCAGUCUUUCACAGGUUUAAAAGAAAAAAAUGAAAAAAAAAAACGAAAAGAAGAAGAACGAAGAUGGUGGGUUUGGGGAGCAUAUCAAGCUUACUGGCGCCGUUUUCGCCAUGUAACCUUAUCUCCAUCAAUCGAUUCUCUCACUUUUCAUCUCCUCCUUCUCUAUCACCUUCUGGUUCAGAUUUACUGAAGGUUGCAUCUAGAAGAUUUGCUUUAACAGCAACCAAGACACAAUCCACAACAACCGUGCCAGUUAAGACACAAUCCACAUCCACUGUGACAAUUGAAAUUGAUAAUCCGUCCAGUGUCAAGAGGCAAUUGGCGCAGCUGUUUGAGGUAUCUCUGAGGGUAACUGUGCCUGAUGAGCAAGAUGUGGUGCCUUUGGUUGAGGCAUGCGCUGCGAAAUCUGGUGGAAAAUUUGCUGAUUAUCAAUGUAAUAAUGCAAUGGGUAUAUGGUCUAAGAUUAAAGGAAAGGAAACAGGAUUUAGGGGUCCCCCAUCUAUCGGACAGGCCAUCGUUGACAAUCUUCCUCCAUCUGAAAUGAUCGAAUCGUGCUCUGUUGCUGGUCCUGGGUUUGUGAAUGUUGUCUUAUCAAAGAAGUGGAUAGCACAGAACUUACAGAGGAUGCUAAUUGAUGGUAUUGAUACGUGGGCACCUCGACUACCGAUCAAGAGGGCUUUGGUUGAUUUUUCCUCACCUAAUAUCGCAAAGGAAAUGCAUGUUGGUCACCUAAGAUCUACCAUUAUUGGGGACACAUUGGCUCGUAUGCUUGAAUUUUCACGCGUGGAUGUUGUUAUCCGCCGGAAUCAUGUUGGUGACUGGGGAACACAGUUUGGGAUGCUGAUUGCAUACCUCUUUGAAAAAUUUCCAAACCUAGAAGAUGUAAGUGAAGCAGCCAUUGGAGAUCUUCAGAGAUUCUAUAAGGAAUCAAAACUGAGGUUUGAUAGUGACCCUGAAUUUAAGCUGAGGGCACAACAGGCAGUUAUCCGGCUCCAGAGUGGAGAAAUUAGUUAUCGCAAGGCAUGGCAACAAAUUUGUGAUGUUAGCAGGGCUGAAUUCGACAAAGUCUAUCAACGCCUUGGAAUUCGAUUGGAAGAAAUGGGAGAAAGCUUCUAUAAUCCAUAUAUCCCUGGUGUUUUGGAGAAACUGGACAAAAAAGGAAUGGUUGAAGAUAGUGAUGGUGCUCGUGUGAUAUUUGUUGAGGGUGUAAACAUACCACUUAUUGCUGUGAAAAGAGAUGGUGGCUACAAUUAUUUUUCAACUGAUCUAGCAUCACUUUGGUAUCGUCUAAACGAAGAAAAACUUGAGUGGAUCAUAUAUGUUACAGAUAUUGGGCAGCAGCAACACUUUGAUAUGCUAUAUAAGGCCUUUAGGCGUGCAGGUUGGUUGCCAAGUGAUGAAAAUGCAUAUCCAAAAUGUACUCAUAUUGGUUUUGGUCUCGUUCUUGGAGAGGAUGGAAAACGAUUUCGAACUCGCAGCAGUGAGAUUGUUCGAUUGGUUGAUUUGCUUGAUGAAGCUAAAAGGCGCUGUAAAACUGCCCUUCUUGAACGUGUUGUUCUUAUAGAUACAGCUAAAGAUUGGUCUGAGGAGGAGAUUGAGAAAACAUCAGAGGCCAUUGGUUAUGGGGCUGUUAAGUAUGCUGACCUGAAGAUCAACAGAUUAACGAAUUACACAUUCAACUUUGAUCAGAUGCUUAAUGAUAAGGGGAAUACUGCUGUUUAUUUGCUGUAUGCGCAUGCUAGGAUCUGUUCCAUUAUCAGGAAAUCUGGUAAAGAUCUAGAAGAAUUAAAGAAAUAUGGGAAUAUAGUGUUGGAUCGUGAAGAUGAGCGUGUAUUGGGGCUUCAUUUGCUACAAUUUCCUGAGGUUUUUGAGGAGGCGUGCACCAAUUUAUUUCCCAACGUGUUGUGUGAAUACCUCUAUAAUUUGGCAGAAAUAUUUACAAAAUUUUAUUCAAGUUGUCAGGUUGUUGGGUCACCUGAGGAAACUAGUAGACUCUUGUUAUGUGAAGCAACGGCAACUGUGAUGAGAAAGUGCUUUUAUCUCCUUGGAAUUGAACCUGUUUACAGGUUAUGAUCCUUCUGAAGGAGUUCAAAUGUAAUUUUAUUUUUUGGGUACACAAGUGUAGGAAACUUCCACAAAGAAAAUUGUUUCUGGCAAAGUAUCUCUUCCCCUCUUUCGUUUUGUUUAUUGUAUUUGAAGUGAAAGCAGGGAAUUAGUGAAUGAUUGAUAGAAAUUUUAUUGAUAAGGUCCCUUGAAUAACAAGAAAUUGGACGUUAUGUAUUCUAUUCUGCUAAAGAAAAAUGUAACUGUACAGAGUCACUUUGCACCCUCAAUCUUCAAAAUUA